CCCACCCACUGCCCGGGACCGAAAGCGGAGGCACACUCGGUCGCUCGGCGCUCGUCUGCUCCGGUCUGACCGGAUCACCGACCGCUAGGGGGACUAGAGUUGCGGCUCCUGUGGGCCGGGGGCCCGCCGGGCGGCAUGGAGGGGCAGUGGGCCUCCGCGGGUGGGGAAGUGUCCCUGCACAACUUCAGCGCGAGGCUGUGGGAGCAGCUGGUCCACUUCCACGUCAUGCGGCUGACGGACUCGCUCUUCCUGUGGGUGGGGGCCACACCGCACCUGCGCAACCUCGCCGUGGCCAUGUGCAGCCGCUACGACUCCAUCCCGGUGUCCACCUCUCUCCUCGGAGACACUUCCGACACGACCUCCACUGGCCUUGCCCAGCGCUUAGCCAGGAAGACCAACAAGCAGGUGUUUGUCAGCUAUAACCUUCAAAACACAGAGAGCAACUUCGCAUUACUUGUAGAAAACAGGAUCAAGGAAGAAAUGGAGGCUUUUCCCGAAAAGUUCUAGCUGAGUCGCAAAAGUGAGGAUUUGUAACUUAUGUAAAAUAUACAUUUAAAUAAAUGGAUUGAAUUUCACCGUU